AUGGCCGAUCCCUUCGAAGUCCGCAUGCGCUUCACCAACCUCCUCACCCACCUCUCGGCCUCUGCCACGGCCUCAAUAAAAACCGCCCACUAUGCCCUCAAACACCGGGACAUGGAUGAAGACCUCCACUCAUGCAUUCUUGAAAACCUGGAGAGGGGAAACACAAACAUGAACAACCGUGCCAACAUCAUGUACUUCUUGGAACAUCACGCAGACAUCAAUAUGAAGGAAGGGGGCCAUGAGGCGUACGUGGAGAUGGUCAAACGGGAUAUGAUGAGGAUCGUGGAUGCGGUUGCGCAGAGCGGGGCGAAUGUCAAAGUCGUGAGGCGGGUUGUCACCGGACUGGGCGAGAAAGGUGUUCUUACGCCGGAGGUGAUCAGUGCAAUCGAGAGCGGAUUGAAGGAUAAAGAGGAGAAGUUUGGGAAACUGCUGGGAGACGAGGACGGGGAGCCAGAAGCAGGAGGUGACAAGGACGUCAUGGAUAUAACUGCCCCGGAGGGCGGCGCAGCGGAUGGUGCUCAGAGACCGACGCCACGGACUGGAGCUGAGCGUUCGGGAAAGCCCAACGGCGUGUCGAAGAUGGAUAAACGGGCGAUCGAGCAGAGAAUAGAAGAGGACAGAGAGCGGAAUAAACGACUACGGGAAAGCGUCUGGGCGGUGACGGGCGACGACGAUCAAGAAUUAGACAAGAUGUGGGAAGAAGGUGCUUUGCUCGGUGAAGACGAACAUGUCAUCGCCGAAGAAGAAGCUGAAGAACGUCUUCAGUUCGUCUGUUAUCAUCGAGCUACGCUUGGAUCCUGA